UUUGUUUAUUGAUUGCAACGUGACGCGCCCCCUCUGAAUAUUCCCCUUCUAUCCCCCACGGUAAGAUCUGGAAUAGAAGGCAAGAAGUCAGAGCUGCAGUUACAGAGUCUAAAUUAAAAGGGCAGUCUUACGGACAGUCAGGUAGAGCCAAGGCGGGCGCUAAGCAGCGAGAUUAGGGCCGCUUCCUUCGGUCGGCCGCAUCCUCUCAUCAAAUCCUCAGCGUCUGGGGAUUACAAAAGAAGUCCAGUCCCCCCAAGUGGUUCCCACUCCCCCUUCUCGAUCCACCCCUUUUUCUUGUUCGAAUCCAUUGGAGCCCACGACGUCUCUGCCUCCCAUAACCUCUCGGCCCUCCACUCACCCGGAAGAUUCUGCGCCGACUGCCUCACUCCCGCUGCAGCCUUCUCUUGCAGGCUUUUCGAUUCUUCGACGAUCCGUGCAAGAACGGCUGCCGAUCCUGGAGCUUCCGGGGCCGGCCACCCAAGAAAGCCUGAAGAAAGAACUCUCGGUGUCCGAACCGAAGCUGCCCCGUCGCGCUCGCCUUGCACGACGGACGGAAUUCUGCGAUAUGGAUCCGACAGCGAGGAAGACGAAGAGGACGCCUUCCAGUCUGCUAUUCCGCAUCUCGGAUAUCUGCAAGGUGCAUUCCGUCGGUGUCGCGCCGACCGUCCGUGAGAAGCCCAAGGCCGACAGCACCGCCACCGGCGGGAGCAGCAAAGACGGAGCACACCUGAAAGUGCACCCACACCAGGUGUCUGACAGCGAGUGCCUCUCUGAAAGUUCCCCUGCCCGUUGCCAGGGAGCGGUCGUCGACCAGCUCCUCGACGCAAUCUCUGGCCUUAAAGUGGCUUAUGUCAACCUUCAACAAGCUCAUGUGCCGUAUGAUCCUGAAAAGAUCACGAUUGCCGACGAGCGUUUCGUGUCGGAACUUGAAGAGACUGCUGUGUUGAAGAAUCUGUAUGUUAAUGUGAACGAAUGGAGCAACCCAAGGUACCUGCGUCACAUCAGCUCUAGGAUUCAGGAGCAUCAGAAGUUGGUGAUGGAGUUGCAGGCGAACAUCUGCAAGAAAGAAUCUCAAAUUGGUUGGCUUCGACCGGAGUUGGACGAACUGGAAAGGAAGAACAUGGCACUGGAAGAUAAGAUUGGUCCGGAUGCAUUGCACAGAGAGGGAUACUUCACAAUCAGGAAGGGGAUGUCGACUGAAAUAUUCAUGCAUCUAUACGAGCGUUCGUCGAAGGGUAUCCAAGAUUUUGCAAAAUUCAUCAUUAGUUGGACAAAAGUUUCUGGAUGGAACCUCGACCAAUCCACAUUUCCAAUCGACAAUCAUGUUGUGUAUCAGAAAAGGGCUGACAAGAAGUAUGCUGUGGAGGCCUAUUUUGCUUGCGUGAUGCUUAUGGGGGACAGAGAGGACUGUUUUCCCCUGGAUUCUUUUGAUCGUGUUAUGAGUUUCAAAGAUCCAUUUGAUGCUCUCAUGAAUGCUCCUGAUUCAAGUUUCGGUAGAUACUGUAAAGCAAAGUAUCUAAUGGCUGUGCCCCAGAGCAUGGAGGAUUCAUUCUUCGGAAAUUUGGAUCAUAGAACAUUUGUCGAGAGCGGUGGUCAUCCAAGGACAACAUUUUACCAGAAAUUUGUGACAAUGGCAAGAAAUACAUGGGCACUACUCACAGUUGCUCGUUCUUCAAAUCCUAGAGCUGAAAUGUUUUAUGUCAAGGCAGGUGUUCAGUUUCGAAAGGAACACAUGGAGAGUACGGCAGCCAGUAUGAUCACAGAAGAAGAGAAUAUUAGUGUUGGGUUUACAGUCAUGCCAGGAUUUAAGAUUGGAUACGCUGUCAUCAGGUGCAGGGUUUAUUUGUCUACGGUUAAAGCAAAGGACUUCUGAACACAUCAUAUAACAACCAUUGGGUAAGCAGAACCAAUCAGCUCUAUAGUAAUUCUGAUUUGAAUUUCUGCUAAGUUCCUCAUGUAUUCACCCCAGGAAUUUAGGAGCAUUAGCUGGUAGAUAAUAGCCCAUAAUGUUAGCUCGUAGAAUAUUGUGUUGAUCUACAUAUGACAUCUUCAGUGUUUUGUUCAGUUUUUCCUUAAUCAUGGCUUUGUUCAUGUGCUAAUUUGAUUCAUCAAAGAAAUGGAAUUAUAGAAUGUGCAUAUGCUCCUUAAAUAGGAUUUCAAAUGGCACAUAAUACUGUUCUAAUCCCUUGA